AUGCACCCACGAAAUCUCUAUAAAGACAAUGCACCGGAUUUUCGUAGCCUCGCGAAACUGUUUCCUUCAUUUCAACCAUUGCAACUGACGUUAUGCUUGUUAAAACGUGAUUUCGGCUUGGAAAUUGACUUUCCGUUGGAUACUUUAUGUCCUCCCGUGCCAAAUCGGCUGAAUUAUAUUCUAUGGUUGGAGGAUAUUUUGGCAGAAACGACACAGGCAGAUGCAGAAACUGUUAUAAGCGGUAUUGAUAUUGGUGUAGGAGCCUCUUGCAUCUAUCCGCUAUUAGGAUGUGCAAACAAUAAGAAUUGGCGAUUUGUUGGUACAGAAAUUGAUAAACGUUCCCUUGAGUAUGCGAAAAAGAACGUCUGGCGUAACAAAUUAAGCGAUAGAAUACGUUUGAUACAUAAUAUGGAUGCGACCAAAAUCUUCAAUUUUCUGGAAUCCGAUGAUUCAAGGUAUGCGUUCAGUAUGUGCAAUCCUCCAUUUUAUGAGUCAAAGGAGGAGAUUGAAGAAGCCUACCUCAGCAAAGAUUUGGCACCUUCAGCAGUAUGCAUGGGAACAGAAAAUGAGAUGAUUACAGAAGGAGGCGAAUAUGGAUUUCUCAAGCGUAUGAUCCAGGAAAGUCUGAUAUAUAAGGAAAGAAUAAGAUGGUACACAAGUUUAAUAGGGCAGAAAAAGUCUAUUAAGCCGCUGGUUCGAUUACUGAAAUAUGAAAAGAUUAAUAACUACGUGGUCACCGAAUUUUCCCAAGGACGAACAAAACGUUGGGCUAUAGCUUGGUCGUUUUUUCCGGCUCGUGCGGUUACAGUCAAAAGCCUAGAAUUUUAUCGACCAAAGUGCCGCUUCGUACUGAUUAUUCCAAAGUCGAUGGAUUUUGCAGACUCGCAGCUUGAUGCCAUUUUCCAGGAUCUCAACGUGACGACCAAUGUAUCCAGAAGCAAUGCAUCCAUAUCGUUACGCGGCGAGCCACUGCACAACACAUGGUCCCGGGCAGCUCGACGACAGAAGAAACGACAGCGGGUGGAAGAGAAAAUAGAAGAUGUGGCUGAUGCCAACAGUGACCCACUAUUCGGUUUUGAUGUUCGUCUACAGCCUACAGAAUCUGUCAAUGAGUGUGAAGUUAUGAUAUCAUGGCUAAAUGGCGAAGAUCGCAAUGUUUUUGAAAGUUUCUGGAACCAUGUCAAGAAGCGCUUGCAGGAAGCAUGCGGCAUCAAAACAGGCAGCGCAUUUGCGGCGUAG